GCUGUCAGGGAGUUUGUUACUAUACUUGUCUAUUAGUUAUAGAGGACUCUCGCCAAAAUGAGAUCGAAAGGAAUAUUUUUACUACUAUUACUGGGAGCUCUAACAUCCUAUUACGUUUAUUCGCCAAUUCCAAAUGACAUAGAGGAGAAGUGGAAGCUAAUGUUUACUGACUGUUUCUUCAGAAGUUUAAGCAACCUGGCAGAUUUAAGUGAAUUGGUGGGCCUAAAGGAUUACAUGGGUGUGAUGAUGUUCAUCACGUUUGCAGAGCGAGUAGUACCGCUGUCCGACGAGCGCGUGCAAGUAACAGAGGAGAUGUUUGAUGGGGUGGAGGUGGUGGUGUAUCAACCAAGUCAGCAGGGUGGUGUGGGUGAACUGCGGAGAGCUGUCAUUUACCUUCAUGGAGGAGGAUGGUGUCUUGGCAGCUCCAGAAUGGGCCCAUAUGAUUUCCUGUCUAGGAAGAUGGUUACAGACCUUGGUGCAGUGGUGGUGUCAGUUGAGUACCGUUUGGCUCCUGCUCACCACUUCCCUGUGCCAUUUGAAGAUGUUUACCGUGUAGUAAAGCAUUUUCUACAGCCUGUUGUUCUGGCCCGCUACCACGCAGAUCCAGGACGGAUUGCUGUGUCAGGAGACAGUGCAGGAGGUAACCUGGCAGCUGCAGUGUCUCAGAAGUUACUUCAGGAGCCUGAGCAAGAGGUACAGUUGAAGGCCCAAGCACUCAUUUACCCAGUCCUGCAGGCUCUAGAUCUGAACACACCCUCUUACCAGCAGAACCAACACAUGCCCAUCCUGCCCCGCACGCUCAUGGUGCGCUUCUGGAGCGAGUAUUUCACCAGUGACAAGGCGCUCUUUCAUGCCAUGAUGGCUAACACACACAACAGUCCUGAGUCAGCUGCCCUCCUCAAGUUUGUCAACUGGAGCUCUUUCUUGCCUGAGCCAUACCGCCAGGCAUACAACUACAGAGCACCACCUGUGGUCGCCACUGGAAUGCACAGACCCUCCAACAAUCUGUCCCAUUCCAUCGCUGACCCGCGGGCAUCCCCACUGCUGGUGCCCGACACAGCCUUGCAGCACCUGCCCAAAGCAUAUGUUCUUACGUGUGAAUAUGACGUGUUGCGGGAUGAUGGUGUGAUGUAUGUUACACGUCUGCGUCGUGCUGGGGUUGAGGUCACGCAUGAACAUUAUCCAAGCGGUUUCCAUGGUGCUUUAAUGUUUACUUUGUGGCCCACCGACUUUGAAAUUGGACACAGAAUGUUGGGCAACUACGUAAAGUGGUUAAAGGAAAACUUGUGAAAUAACAAGCAAUUGAGUUACAUUCCAUCAUUUCUCCUCUGGUUGCUAGUGCCAGGGCUGUUCUUAGAUGUUCAACAAAGAAUUUGUUUUUCUUUUUUUUGUGCAUCUGUUUUAUUUAAAGAUUGUUGUCUGUUUUUGUUGUUCACACGG